AUGUUUCCCUCGCUCGCGCUCGCCCCAUUGCUGCUGGCCGGCUUGCAGGCUCUGACCGUGAACGCCGUCCCCACCAUCUCCGCCACCGGUGCUAAGUUCUUCUACGAGAAUGGUACUCAGUACUACAUCAAGGGUAUCGCCUAUCAGCUCACCCCCGAUGAUCCGCUCACCAACGAGGCCCAAUGCAAGCGCGAUAUUGUUCGCAUGUCCGAGUUGGGCGCCAAUGCUAUCCGUGUGUACCACGUGGAUGCCAGUGCCGACCACGACGGCUGCAUGACCGCCUUUGCGGAUGCCGGCAUCUACCUGUUCGUCGAUCUCGACACCUUCACCACCGCCAUUGACCAGGACGCCCCUCACUGGAAUGAGACCCAGUAUGAGCGAUUUUCCGCCGUUCUCGACGAGUUCCAGCAAUACGACAACACCGCCGGUGUCUUUGUCGGAAACGAGGUCUUGAACACUAUCAACGGUUCCAUUGCCGCCCCCUAUAUCUUGGCUGCCGCUCGCGAUAUCAAGGCCUAUCGUGAUAAGAAGGGAUACCGUGAAAUUCCGGUUGGAUACUCCGCUGCCGACAUUGCUGAUCUCCGCCCUAUGCUGCAGGAUUACGUGGCAUGCAACACGAACGCCUCCGAGCGCUUGGACUUCUAUUCGCUGAACGCCUACGAGUGGUGCGGCGAGUCGAGCUACUCUGGUUCCGGUUACAAUGAGCUCCAGAAGAACGCUACUGGUUACCCGAUUCCCAUCUUCUUCUCCGAGACCGGUUGCAACACCCCGGCCCCCCGUACCUUUGAUGACCAGGCCGCUAUUCUUGGCUCGGAGAUGGAUGGUACCUGGUCUGGUGCUAUCAUUUACGAGUGGAUCGAGGAGACCAACGACUACGGUCUGAUCAGCUACGGUCCUUCCGUCUCGAACGCCGCUGCUACUAACACUCUUAUUGAGGAUGGUUACACCCGCCAGGGUACUCCUACCCCCAUUUCGCCUGAUUUCACCAACCUCAAGACUCACUGGGCCACCUUGAACCCGACCGGUGUUUCUCUGUCGGCUUACAAGAGUUCCACUUCCGCCAUCACCUACCCUGAUUGCCCUUCGUCGACCUCUGGCGGCUGGGCUGUCAACCCCAGCUCUCCUCUCCCCACCCUUGGACAAACUUACAACAAGAAGGAGGCCACCGCUGACUCCACUGGCACUGCUACUGGUACUGCUUCUGGCUCUGCCGCUUCUUCCACCAAGAGCGGUGCCGCUGGCAAUGUGAUGAUCGCUGGUAACCCCGCUACCGAGCGCUUGUUCACUGCUUCCAUCGUCCUGUCCGGUGUUCUGGGAAUGGUUGCCUUUUGGCUAUAA